AUGUUGGGGAGAAGGCGGGAGGGGGGACGGGGGGAUAUGGGUGGAUGGGAGGGAGUGGGUGCCAGCCGGGGGUGCCCCCGCUUUAAGCUGAUGGACCACCCACUGCGUGUUCCACCCUUCCAACCCCUACUGAUAUAUUGCUGCUCUAUAACAAAUCAGAGGACCCGUGGGACGUACGAUUUCGCACUCUUAUUUCAUUGGUCGAUUUCUCUAUACGGGAGAGAGUUCAUUUAUCAGUCCCAGGUGGUCAACACCCUCAUCCCGCCCACAAUUUGGCAUAUUAUUAUGUCCACCACGUCACCAUCACCAUCACCAUCACCAUCACCAUCACCAUCACCAUCACCAUCACCAUCACCAUCACCCUCGCCACUACCAUCACCUUUGGGGCCAUAUGUACGAUUGCCGUCUUCAGAGACCCAGCUGUUAACGUCCGCAAUACAAUACCUGGACGAAUAUCGCUGGAAAGAUGCUUUCAAGACCAUCUGUGUCGCUGGACAUGCGAUGCACAGCCCACCCGCCAAGCUUCACAACCUGCACCUGCUACCACAUAUCAACCAGCUUUUUGAAGCUAUCAUGCUCCAUCACGCCUAUGGUGUUGACCACCACGUAGACCACACCAUCAACCACAUUUUGCACCUCGCUGUCCGGACCUGUCAGGAUGCUAGAGAAGACCAACAUGACACAUAUUCUGACGAAUGCAUCAGAUGGAUGACGCCAAUCGAAGUCGAAAUAGGGCAAUACCUCCAGUUCUAUCGCAUGUUCUGUCGGUACCUCGAGAACUACUCCAUGUCUAUCGAGUCCGACCGCAUUUUGGACGAUGUGCGCAACCUGAUACAAAAGAUGUGUCCGACUGUCAACAACUUGUGUGGGUGGGUGCCCAGGACACCGCCAAGAGAUAUCCGCCAAGACAUGCAAGGAGCGGCAGCCGACAACACGCCGCGCAGGCGAUCACAACGAUUGCGCUCCCACCACUCAACACCGGAGCCUGCCGCCUCAAACCCAAGGCAGCAAAGGAGAUCUCAACGACCUCGGCGCCGGAGGGUGUCACCCCCACCCCAACUACCAACCCCACCCACCCAAAGCGGCGAUCUGACGUGUUCUUCAACCUACAAGACUGAAGAUUACAUCCCCUCCCUGCUCACGCCAAUGACUCAGUUUUCAGCCCCGCGCUCCUCGCAGGUACCAAAAGUGAACGAGCCAGAAGAAGAGCCCACCCAGCUUGUGGGUUCAAGGGUGUUGCAGUUCAUCAAGCCACCAAUACCGAGACCCAGAUUGGCGGAAGGAGGAAUUUUACCGGCCGAUUUCACUUCGCUGCGUCCUGUUCAUAUCCAUGUUACAUCGGAAAGAUGUUGUUCAGGCUUAUAG